AUGGCCACUGGAGACGGGACCUACAAUUCAGCCAUCCCCUGGAACCAGAUUCCAAAGCUCAUCCCGGGUGAAACGGAUUUGAGAACGUACGCUCGGAAGCUGGAGUUUCUUCAGUCGCUUUGGCCGAGAGAUCAGCUGGAACAUUUGGGGCCUCGAGCGGCAUUGGCCGUAGAAGGGGUGGCAUUCCAGAAAAUCUCACGCCUGGAUCCAGCCAAACUUCGAGAGCCUGAUGGGGUCUCCUACUUGGUGAAGGCCCUUGGAGGCCAAUGGGGCAAGCUCGAUGCCGAGGAGCAGGUGUACUUCCAUGAUGAUGCAGCUGAAGAGGUAGAUGAUGAACUCCUGAUCGCCACUUUGGCGGAAGAAGGCUGUUUCAUGGCCUACCAAGAAGCUCGAUCGCGCUUGAAGGAGAAGGCACGGUCUCGCGGGUUCUGGCCGUUGAGUGGACAGAAGGGACGCGAGAAGGGGAGAUGGAAUCGAACAAAAGGAAAAGGAGGUGUGGCAAACCGGGUCACUGGAAGAGAGAACGUCCUUUGGGAGCAAGCUCUUCUUCGACUGGAGACAUCAAGAAGAUCGCCUGGGGAAGCCUUCACGGGCACCAUGACUGAUGAGUACCUGGUUGUGGACUCCGACAAGAAGGCGAUCCAGGACGAAGGAAAUGAGGUGAUCUCGCAACUGCCUGCCAAUGCUCAGUGCUACCACCAUGGCACUCUUGAGGUUGGGAAGGUGUCCAAAAUUCAGGGGAGUUGUGGAGAUGGCCCAAUUCAAAGAAUACUGACUCAAAGACCCGCUGUUGCAACGCCCACGCAUGAGCCAGUCCGUUCUGAUGCCACUUUUCUGCAGAGCCAAGAGCCUUCUGCGGGUGGUCAUGAGAUUUUUAAUGCGGAGGAAGCGGCCGAUGAGGCCAUCAUUGACACUGGUGCCAGUCGUGCUGUCAUUGGUAGUGAUAGACCCGAAAUGUUGUUCCGAUCUUUUCCCCCCGAGAUUAGAAGAAGGGUCAUGAGGGUUCCCACUGAUGGCAUUGUUUUCAAGUUUGGAAAUGCUGGCCGAUUGUCAAGUGACUAUGCAGUCUUACUUCCUCGAGCUCAAAAUGACUGGCUACGCGUUGAAGUUGUGCCGGGCCAGAAGUCACCACAGGUGAAAUCCGUUCUGAAGGACCCUCUUCGCCUCGACAAGGCCAUGGAGUCAUCGGUGCCGUACCUUGCCCGGAUGUUGACGUCUCCAGUGGACGAAUCUCUGAAGGACCAGAAGGUGUUUCAGGAUGUUCCGACCACUCUCACUCGACCGCCGGGGGUGGCCAAUCUGGCAGAGUGGGGAACUAUGAUCAUUCCAUCGGGCAAGCACCAGUCAAAGACCUAUGCCACGGUCUACGAGAAAGAGAGGUCCUAUGUGAACCAGGUGUGGAACAGAAAGGCAGUCGCGCCAUGGCUGAGGAGCUUUCAACUCUACUGUCGUCAUCGCCGAGAAGCCAGUGUCGAUCACCACGAGGGCGAAGCAAAACGUCAGGGACUACAGAUGCCUAUCUCACCUCAUAUGACACCCGAGGUGGCAGAUCUGAUCCGUGCUGGCGGAGCUCCGUGGUUGACACCACGCACCAACGAUCGCCUGAUCAAGGAGAAGAGCCAGAAGGAUGCAGCACAGAAGGCCACCACCAAGGUGGAGAACGAAUGGACACAUGUGUCCGAGAUCGAGAAGGGCAGCAAGAGAAGCCUGCCAAGUCAGAACAACACUAUGGAGACACUGCCCAAUGCCGAGAAGAUUGCCCAACUGCAAGCACAGAUCGCAGCCCUGCAGCGAGAUCUCAACGUCGAGCUGACCGGGCAAGCAUGGCAGUCGGAAGCGGCCUGA